AUGCCUUUCGACUCGUCUGACAGAUAUCACGAGAAAGAAUAUGUAGAUGAAGAUUUUACACCUAGAGGCCUGGCCGAUGAUGAUGAUGAUGAUGACGGUGAUCACGAUGUCGGUGGUGACGAUGAUGGGGAUAGCGAGAUGGAAGAUGAGGCAGAUUUUCAGUCGCACUACUCAGAGAGACACUCAUCGUCUGUUUCUACCUCUAGCGACGAGGACUUACACGAGCGCGCGACAGCCAACGGUGAGAAUGUGAUGGGGCCAUCUGCAUUCCUGUCCAAUACUUCACUUCCCAAUGCAUUUGCGCCUCCAUUCUACAACCGCCCCCCUACGCCGCUGCCUCCAUCGCCCUCAUUAACGUCUCUCCUCCGGCCAUCAUUUUCUACAACAACAUCGCGACCCACCACACCGGACAGCUCCGAUGUUGAGAACCUAAAUGACAUGGAAGCCGCUGUGGCGCGUUCUGCGCGUACUGCAAUUACCGUGCCACGUGCAAGCCCUAAGGUGCCAACGUAUGAGUACUAUGGAUUUGUGCUCUAUCUUGCUUCGUCACUCGCUUUCUUGACAAUCAUCUAUAUUUAUGUUGCAUUAUCCGCCUAUAAUACUGGAUAUCUUACACUGCCGAUGAGUAGCAUCGAAAAUAUCGUGGAUGAAGUAGCAAAUAUUGCAGUCAUUGAUAGCAAGGGCAGAAGACGCCCUGGUGGAUCUGAGAAGAUGAAUCCCAAUGCUGCCACAGCACAAAUAAUGGGUCCCCAGAAAAGAAAGCUGGAAUGGAAAUACAUCUGGAAUGAGGGAACAGAUGCAGUGAUGGACAUACCCGUUGGUGGUGUAUGCGAGGUACUUUAUGGAGGGGCUGACCGUAACCGCCAUAGAAGUGAACAUCGCGGGAUAUCAGGAUUCAACCUUGGGCGGACACCUGCGGCGAUGCAGCUGUACGUGGCACUUUGCCCAUCAGAUCUCGCCAUUGCCUCGGCUGAUUCGCCGACUCACUCAGCCUCUGCGGCCGCAUUGAUUUAA